AUGGCCUUGGGUCCCGGGAAAGGCGGAGCGCAGGUGCACGGCGGCCAGCUCCUCGCUCACCUCCACCAGCCCCUGCUGCCCGCCAGAUGUGCCCAUCACCUUCACCACCAUCCCGACAAAGGCAUGAAGAAAGAUGGAGCCGGGGAUGCUUUCUGGUCCAGGCCUGAGUCUCGCAUCUGGACCGUGAUUCUGCUCUUGGGAACCUGCCUUCUGUACUGCACGAGGGUUGCUAUGCCCAUCUGUGCCGUCGCCAUGAGCGCUCGCUUCGACUGGGACAAGAAACAGUCGGGCCUCGUUCUCAGUAGCUUUUUCUGGGGCUACUGUUUAACUCAGGUCAUUGGAGGUCACCUGAGCGACCGGAUAGGAGGAGAGAAAGUCCUCCUCCUUUCAGCAUCCGCCUGGGGAUCCAUCACUGCCCUCACCCCUCUGCUCAUCUACCUCGGCUCUGCCCACCUCGUUCUCAUCACCAUCUCUCGGUUCCUCAUAGGACUCUUGCAAGGGGUUUUCUUUCCUGCUCUCGCCAGCUUGUUUUCCCAGAAGGUGCGGGAGAGCGAAAGAGCAUUCACCUGUAGCACAGUAGGAACAGGAUCUCAAGUUGGGACGCUGGUGAUGGGGGGGGCAGGAUCCGUCCUCCUGGAGUGGUACGGGUGGGAAAGCGUCUUCUAUUUCUCGGGCCUGCUGACACUGCUGUGGGUGUACUUCGUGUGCAAAUACCUCCUCCAUGAAAAAGAAAUCAUCAUCCCAUUCGAAGACUUAGCCAGGAGCCUCUCCAUUUCAAAGCAGCCCAAAGUGCCUUGGAAGCAGUUAUUUAAAAAGGCCCCUGUAUGGGCUGUGAUAGUGGCUCAGCUCACCGCCGCCAGCACCUGCUUCACCCUCCUCUCCUGGCUGCCGACUUUCUUCAAGGAAACGUUCCCGGAUUCGAAAGGGUGGGUCUUUAAUGUCGUGCCCUGGCUGGUGGCGAUUCCAGCGAGCUUGUUGAGUGGAUUCCUUUCCGAUCAGUUUAUCAAUCAAGGAUACAAAACAAUCACCACUCGGAAGAUGAUGCAGAUCGUUGGCUCUGGUGUGUCCAGCAUUUUCGCCUUGUGCAUCGGCCACACCUCCAGUUUCUGCAGAGCGGUUGUGUUUGCCUCGGCUUGCAUCGGGCUUCAGGGUUUCAACCACAGCGGCAUCGCAGUCAACGUACAGGAUCUAGCCCCAUCGUGCGCUGGCCUGUUGUUUGGUGUGGCCAACACUGGUGGAGCUUUAUUAGGUGUCGUCUGUGUGUACUUGGCUGGCCACCUGAUAGAGAGCACGGGAUCCUGGGCGUCAAUGUUCCAUCUCGUGGCGACGGUGAAUCUCCUCGGACUUUGUACAUUCCUGGUCUUCGGGAAAGCCCAAAGAAUGGACACCGACUCUGCUUAUGUAGAUUUGUAAACCCAUCUGCCAGCUGGACUGAGCAAAACCCAGGACCGUGG